CAAGAACAAGAAGAACAAGAACAAGAACAAGAAGAAAGAAGACAAGAAGGAAAACACACAAAGAUUUGAUAUAUUAGAUCCAAAAGAAAUGGCGUACGAGAAAGUCAACGAGCUUAACCUUAAGGAUACAGAGCUAUGUCUUGGAUUACCAGGAAGAACAGAGGAAAUCAAACAAGAACAAGAGGUUUCUUGUGUUAGAAGCAACAACAAGCGUCAAUUUGAGGAAACUCUUGAUGAUGAAGAAUCUACACCUCCUACGAAAACUCAAAUCGUUGGAUGGCCACCAGUGAGAUCUUACCGUAAGAACAACAGCGUAAGCUACGUUAAAGUGAGUAUGGACGGAGCUCCUUACCUCCGCAAGAUCGAUCUAAAGACAUACAAAAACUACCCUGAGCUUCUCAAGGCGUUAGAGAACAUGUUCAAGUUCACGGUUGGUGAAUACUCUGAGAGAGAAGGAUACAAAGGAUCUGGAUUUGUACCAACAUACGAAGACAAAGAUGGAGAUUGGAUGUUGGUCGGUGAUGUUCCAUGGGAUAUGUUCUCUUCUUCAUGUAAAAGACUCAGAAUCAUGAAAGGAUCCGAUGCUCCUGCUCUAGACUCUUCUUCCUUAUGAUCAUCCAAAAGAAGAUGAGAAGCUUUUGUUUGCCAGAGGAGAUGACUAUGAUCGAUGAAUGAAGAAAAAAAACCCUUUUUGGUUUUGAUUCUGAUCGGAGUUUGACUAAGUUGACCGGGAAAAAACGAAACUUUCAGGGGUUUUGUCCGAUGAGAGAUCCAUCUCUAGCGAUGUUCUUUUUGUUUUUGUUUUUUUUUAGAUUUGAAGGAGCUUUUAUGUAAAGAUACAUGAGAAUUUUAUGUAUAAUACGGAUACAUAUAUACAAUAUAGAAUGUAUUAAUUUUAAGUAGCAGUCUUCUAUAA